AUUAUUUUGAAAACAAGAUAAUAUUUCUUUUUUCCGACCCCAAAUUAACACUAUUUAGACAUUAAGUUAUUAUUAUCUUUUGAGUUUAAUUUAGUUUGAAAUUUCCCACUCCUUUCUCUUAUUGUUGUUGAUUAUUUAUUUUAUCAUUUCUUUCAUCACAUAUCAUCACUAUUAUGAACUGUUCAAUGUGAAAAAAUUAAAAAAAUUUUUAUUCAACAUUUUCUGAAACGAAUGUUUCUUGUCACAUGUCAUUUGAUGAAAGUUUGCCUGUUUAUCGAUGGUUAUCGAUGUGGGUGUUUAUCAUAGGACAUUCUAUUCUAUUCUUUUGCACAGAAUGAAUGUAACGAUCGAUUGCAAAUUCUACGGAACUAUAUUUACCUUGGCUGGUUACCGGAAAUUUGAUGAUAAUCGUCAGAAAUUACAAGCAGCAAUUACAGCCAUUACAGAUGAAAAGAAUCAUCCUCGAUUCAUUAUUGACCAUCACCAACAACAAAGUGAACAACGAAAACAAAAAGAAAAUAUUUUCAAUGAUCAAUCUUAUUGUUUUGAAUUGUCCGAAUCGAAACCGAAACCCGAGCCAUUGAUUGUGGUUGGUAUCGAUUUUGGUACAGCAUAUACCGGUUAUGCAUUUGUAUUUCGAAACGAUAUUGAUCAAAUUCAUUAUAUGCGAAAAUAUUCUAGUCUAGAUGGACAUGAAGGCAAAGUACCAACGUCAUUAUUAUUGGAUUAUCGUCGAAAAUUUCAUUCAUUCGGACAGGAAGCAAAAAAUUUCUAUUAUAAUCUUAAAUCAAGUCAAUGUUUCAGAUAUGGUUAUUUUGAAAAUUUUAAAAUGAAACUUUAUUCGAAUGGUGAAAAUCAAACGAAAAUCGAUGCAAAUCUGAAGCUAAAACCAAUAAAUCAAAAUUAUGAGAUUGAAGCAAUGGAAAUUUUUUCAAUGUCAUUAGAAUAUCUUUGUCAACAAGCAAAAGAUGAAAUUGGUCAAAAAUGUGGAUUACGUUUAACACAUGAUGAUAUUGUAUGGGUUAUAACCGUACCAGCAAUUUGGUCGGAUCAAAGUAAACAAUUUAUACGAUUAGCAGCUGAACGUACCGGUUUGAUAUGUGGUGAAAUGCUUCGCAUUGCACUUGAACCCGAGGUAGCAUCAUUAUAUUGUCGAAAAUUUUUAUCUAAUGAAUUAAGAAAUUCUAAUUCAAAAAUUCAAUCAACAUUUGAGCCUGGAAUUAGCUAUCUGAUUAUUGAUUUAGGCGGUGGAACUGUUGAUAUAACAGCUCAUCAAAUUCAACAAGAUGGUUUCAUCAAAGAACUUCAUAAAUCAACGGGUGGACCAUAUGGUUCGAAUGAAAUUAAUAGGAAAUUUGAAAAAAUAAUCGAAAAAAUUUUUGGUUCGAAACGAUGGCAACGUUUUCGCAAGGAAUCACCAAGCACAUAUCUCGAUUUGAUGCAAGCAUUUGAAUUACGAAAACGAGAAGCAAAACCAGAUCAUCAUACACCAUAUAACAUAUUGCUUACCUUUUCAUUCAUCACAUAUUUUGGUGGCUCAAAAGAACUAACCAAACUCUUCGAUAAAAAUGCACCAAAUGGUUUAUCGUAUUCACCGAAAUUGGGUAUUAUUAGAAUUGAUAUGAUUCUAAUGAAUCAAUUAUUUCGAUCUGUUAUUGAUCCAUUGAUUGAUAUAUGCCGUCAAAUACUUGAAGAACAGAAAUCGAACAAUAUUCGAUAUAUGUUUUUGACUGGUGGUUUUGCCCGUUCAGCUAUGAUUGAUCAACAAAUAAAAUUGAUGUUUGAAUCAAAAUUGAUGGUUGUAAUACCAUCACAAGCACAUCUAGCCGUAUUAUAUGGGGCAUGUCAAUAUGGUCUGGAUCCUACAUUGAUUCGUUCACGUCGUGUACGGCAAACAUAUGGUAUAGCUAUUAUGGAACGAUUUGAUCAAUCUAUUCAUCCUCAUUCGAAACGUAUGGUCAGUGCACAAGAUCAAACAGAAUGGUGUACCGAUGUAUUCGAUAAAUUUGUCGAGAUGAAUCAAUCGAUUGGAUUGUUUGAAUCGAUAAAACGUCGGUAUAAACCAAUAUUUUCCACACAAAAUUCGUGUAUAUUUCAUAUUUAUUCGACUACCAAUAUGAUGGCUAGAUUUGUUACCGAUCAAGGUGUACAAAAAUGUGGAGCACUUUAUCUAGAACUGGAUACAAUUCAAUUUCCAAACGGUGUUAAUCCAGCCAUUCAACAAUUAUUACAACGUGAAAUUGAAGUGGAAAUGUUUUUCGGUGAAACCGAAAUCAAGAUAACGGCAAAAGAUUUACAAACAGGAUAUGAUGUCAGAUCGAAUAUAGAUUUUAUAUCAAAUCUAAAUAAAUGAAUAAUGACUAGGUCAAUUAA